UGGAAGGAAGGGAGGAAAUGCAACGGGCAGACAGGGUUUCUUAUGCUUGGGAAACUCACCAGCCUCCCCCUGCCACCAGCAGCAGGGGCAAGUGGGUACGGCUGAAUGUUGGGGGCACCAUCUUCCUAACCACGAGGCAGACCCUGUGCCGGGAACAGAAAUCAUUCCUGUGCCGCUUGUGCCAGGGGGAGGAGCUGCAGUCAGACCAGGAUGAGACUGGUGCCUACCUCAUAGACCGGGACCCCACAUAUUUUGGACCUAUCCUGAAUUUUCUCCGUCAUGGCAAGCUGGUACUGGAUAAAGAUAUGGCUGAAGAGGGGGUUCUGGAAGAAGCUGAGUUCUAUAACAUUGGCCCUUUAAUCAGAAUAAUCAAGGACAGACUGGAGGAGAAGGACUACACAGUAACACAGGUUCCACCAAAACAUGUGUACCGGGUGCUGCAGUGCCAGGAAGAAGAGCUCACUCAGAUGGUUUCCACCAUGUCAGAUGGCUGGCGUUUUGAGCAGCUGGUGAAUAUUGGUUCAACCUAUAACUAUGGGAAUGAGGACCAGACAGAGUUCUUGUGCGUGGUCUCCAAAGAGCUGUACAGUUCUCCCAAUGGCCUGAGCUCUGAGCCCAGCCGCAAGGUUAAGGUGAGACUAACUUUUACGUCACCCUCCCUGUUAAUGGCUUAUCUUCAUCACCAUAAGAGCGUCUUCUUUCUCUUUCCUCUAUCAACUUCAGCUGUGAGUUAACCAGGUGGUGAAAUGUCAUAGCCAGUCCCUUUUUCAAGGUCAUGAAGUGCCAUCAUCUGCUACCAAAUGGGACCUUGUAUAUGUGGUAAAUCACUGUAACGAGGUACCUGUGACCUUCUCAUGCCUAUUUGAUAUCCCUUCUCAUUGUGCCCAUAGUGAGUGUGUUGCUGUCCUCAGUCCCACAAGCAUGUGAAUCCUCAGAACGCUUUGCAGCAGGCACCUGUUUACUGACCAAGUCUACCAGCUUUUUUAUGCAGAAGGAGGAAUGUUUCCUCCAAUGAAUUCCAAUAUGUGGAAAUAGGAGGAAGUUCCCUAUUCACCUUAUGGCAGGAGAGAAAGGGGAGAAACUUUCUCGGUAGGCAGUAGACCAUAGCGAGAACCAAGUUCUCUCAGUACCUGACAACCAUCCGCAUUUUUACGUGGGAUAGAUCCUGUGCUCUGGAGAUCAGUGAAUUCCCUCCUGCCCCCAACCACUUCCAAAGAUCUCUAAGCUGUUUAGA